CCCCGGCGGGCGGAUGUUCUUUCCGGGGGGUUAUGGGAGGGCUCUGGUGUCCGGGAUGGAGGUUGGUGGCUUCGUGUGGCCGGGGCUGGAGGCAGCCCGGGUGGUCAGGGCGGACUGUGGUGAACGCAGAGCGGGUGCUUAGGCCCGGGUGGGAUGGGCUCGGAGGCGCAGAGCAGGGUCUGAGACGCCUCGGGACAUGGAAGCGCCCGAGCGGGGUUCGGGGGCCCGCGGCGCAGCCGCCAAGGCGGCCGAGGAGCAGCAACCCUUUCCAGCGCGCGCAGGAGGACGAGUGGCGGCGGCGGAACAAGACGGUGCUCACCUACGUGGCCGCGGCCGCCGUGGGCAUGCUGGGGGCCUCCUACGCCGCGGUGCCCCUCUAUCGGCUCUACUGCCAGACUACUGGGCUUGGAGGAUCAGCAGUGGCCGGGCACUCCUCAGACCAGAUCGAGAACAUGGUGCCUGUCAAGGAUCGCAUCAUUAAGGUCACCUUCAAUGCUGACGUUCAUGCCAGUCUCCAGUGGAACUUCAGACCUCAGCAAACAGAGAUCUAUGUGGUACCAGGAGAGACUGCACUGGCAUUUUAUAAAGCUAAGAAUCCUACUGACAAACCAGUAAUUGGAAUUUCUACGUAUAAUGUUGUACCGUUUGAAGCUGGACAGUAUUUCAAUAAAAUACAGUGCUUCUGUUUUGAAGAACAAAGGCUUAAUCCACAAGAAGAAGUAGAUAUGCCGGUGUUUUUCUACAUUGAUCCUGAAUUUGCAGAAGAUCCAAGAAUGGUGAAUGUCGACCUCAUCACUCUGUCUUACACUUUUUUUGAAGCGAAGGAAGGGCACAAGUUGCCAGUUCCAGGCUAUAAUUGAAGCAGCUCCCAAGGCCUGCUUCAGAUUUGUGAUUUUUGGAAAAUCAUGUAUUGCUUUCUCAGAAGAGAAAUAUUCUACAAUAAUGUAUUUUAAAGCCUCGUAUUUUAAAUGGUUUUACCUUUCUUUCUUUCUUUGCACCUUCAUUUAUCCCACUUAAGACUGAAAGAACAAGUUCAAAAUUCAGUCUGCGGUGAAAAGAUGCUGCUAUCCUGUGAUGGUGCUUAAGGGUAGGAAACAAACACAGCUCUGUUUUAAGUAAUAGAAUAUGAAUAUUGUUCAUAUUCCAAGCCUGAAGAAUAUAUGACUGCCCAAGUGUGACUAUUAAAAACUGCAUCAUGGGCCAGGAAUAUUAAUCAGUGGGUUCAAUAAAGUGUUUGCCACAUA